GUAACGCGGGGUUGUACUGUUUCACUUCCAUACUCAUCUGUUGUCAUGUCUUCGUUUCGUGCUGCUGGACUGGUUGCACGGCAGUUGUCCAAUAGAAAUCCAUGUGUAUUUAAACAACUUAGAUGCCGAUGGCUAUCCACUUCAUCUACCUUAAAAGCUGGAGCCCCAGAAUUCUCCAGUAUUUUAGAGGAACGCAUUUUAGGACAAACAUUACAAACAAACUUGGAGGAAACUGGACGUGUCCUGAGUAUCGGUGAUGGGAUCGCACGUGUCUAUGGUCUGAAAAAUAUACAAGCGGAAGAGAUGGUGGAAUUCUCGUCUGGAUUAAAGGUAUAACCAUCUAAAGUGUUAACGUUCCUUAGGGUAUGGCUCUAAAUUUGGAGCCUGACAAUGUUGGUGUGGUCGUUUUCGGGAAUGACAAGCUAAUCCGUGAAGGAGAUAUUGUUAAGCGGGCAGGGGCCAUUGUUGACGUGCCUGUCGGAGUAGAGCUACUUGGUCGGGUAGUUGAUGCCUUAGGUAAUCCAAUCGAUGGAGCAGGUGCUAUCAAUACGAAAACAAGACAGCGUGUUGGAGUUAAAGCUCCAGGUAUCAUACCACGUAUUUCUGUUCGUGAACCGAUGCAAACUGGAAUUAAGGCUGUUGAUAGUCUCGUUCCCAUUGGCCGUGGUCAGCGUGAACUAAUCAUCGGAGACCGUCAGACAGGUAAAACGGCUAUUGCAGUCGAUACUAUUAUUAAUCAAAAGCGUUUCAACGACGCAGCUGAUGAAAAGAAGAAGUUGUACUGUAUCUAUGUUGCCAUCGGACAAAAACGUUCAACAGUUGCGCAACUAGUCAAACGUUUGACGGAUGCAGAUGCUAUAAAAUACACAAUCAUUGUGUCCGCAACAGCAUCUGAUGCAGCUCCGCUUCAGUACUUGGCUCCAUACGCAGGGUGUGCGAUGGGAGAAUAUUUUCGUGAUAAUGGAAAGCAUGCAUUAAUAAUUUAUGACGAUCUAUCUAAACAGGCUGUUGCUUAUCGACAAAUGUCACUUCUGUUACGAAGACCUCCGGGGAGAGAAGCUUAUCCUGGUGAUGUGUUUUACUUGCACUCUCGAUUACUGGAAAGAGCUGCUAAGAUGAAUGAUUCCUAUGGAGGCGGUUCACUAACAGCCCUUCCAGUCAUUGAGACUCAGGCUGGUGAUGUAUCUGCAUACAUUCCAACGAACGUUAUCUCUAUAACUGAUGGGCAGAUUUUCUUGGAGACUGAGUUAUUCCAUAAAAGUAUAAGACCUGCUAUCAAUGUUGGUCUUUCUGUUAGUCGUGUUGGGUCUGCUGCACAAACUAAAGCUAUGAAACAAGUUGCUGGUCGCAUGAAACUAGAGUUAGCUCAAUAUCGAGAAGUAGCUGCUUUUGCUCAAUUUGGUUCUGACUUGGAUGCAUCUACUCAAUCGUUGCUAAACCGGGGUGUUCGUUUAACGGAACUCUUGAAACAAAAUCAAUAUGCUCCAAUGGCAAUUGAACAACAGGUUGUUGUAAUAUACGCUGGUGUUAGGGGACAUUUGGAUAAGUUGGACCCAUCAAAGAUUAUCCACUUUGAGAAAGAUUUUCUUAAGUUUGUCCUAGCAAAUCAUCAAGAUCUCCUAAAGACCAUUCGUGAAGAUGGAGAAUUAAAGCCAGCAACUGAUGAAAAACUGAAAAAGAUUGUAGUCGAUUUCUUGGCUGGGUAUCAAGUGUCUCCAUAGACAAUCAAAUAAAGUAUGCAACUAUGGUAGUAUCUUUUCAUAGGAUUGGCGAGCUCAAUAAUGUUAUUUGCAGAUUUCCGUCACCAGUUCUUUGUACUUAGUCUUAUUAAUAAUAAAAUUACCUUGAAAGAAAAGUGCUUC